AUGGGAAACGGAAAUGGAAAUUCGAAUUAUACAAUGAACCCGCCUCAAGAACAAGACAAUACACCCUCAAAUUCCCCCAAAGUCCAAGUAUUAGAAGCGCAAGAACCGGAACAAGUAAAUGAAUCUCAUCGUCUAUUACCCUCACCACUCCGUUCAACUGAAAAUAUCGUAAAAACAGAACAAGAAGAUGAAGAAGAAGUUGCGUAUGAAUCCGGGGAAAAGAUUUUGAUUCUUGAUUUCGAAUUGGAUUCCACCAGCUCCACAGAUUUUAGCAGUGCGCCACCGUUUUCGUUUAAGAAAUUGUGGUUAUUUACGGGUCCCGGUUUUUUGAUGAGUAUUGCGUUCUUGGAUCCUGGUAAUUUGGAGGGGGAUCUGCAGGCGGGAGCAAUUGCCGGCUAUUCGUUACUUUGGUUAUUGAUGUGGGCAACAGCGAUGGGUCUAUUGAUCCAGCUUCUGUCAGUGAGAGUGGGUGUGGCAACCGGCCGGCACUUGUCCGAGCUGUGCCGCGAGGAGUACCCUGAUUGGGCACGGCUUUUGCUUUGGUUCAUGGCGGAGCUGGCUUUGAUUGGGGCAGAUAUUCAAGAAGUUAUUGGCAGUGCAAUUGCUAUCCAGAUUUUGAGCUGUGGGAUGAUCCCCCUUUGGGCUGGGGUGUUGAUUACUGCCUCUGAUUGUUUUAUGUUUUUACUUCUUGAAAACUAUGGAGUGAGGAAGUUGGAAGCUGUUUUUGCUGUUCUUAUUUCAACAAUGGCACUUUCGUUUGCUUGGAUGUUUGCUGACACUAAACCCAGUGGAAAGGAGCUUCUAAUAGGUCUCUUGGUUCCAAAGCUCAGCUCAAGAACAAUUCGACAAGCUGUGGGAGUUGUGGGUUGUGUAAUAAUGCCUCAUAAUGUUUUUCUGCACUCUGCUUUGGUGCAGUCAAGGAAGAUUGACCCUAAAAAGAAAGGUCAGGUCCAGGAGGCCAUUAAUUACUAUGCAAUUGAGUCCUCAGUUGCUCUUCUUGUCUCCUUCAUGAUCAAUCUAUUUGUCACAACUGUCUUUGCAAAAGGGUUCUAUGGCAGUAAACAAGCAGAUAGUAUAGGAUUAAGAAUUGCAUGGACAGUGGCUGGCCUGGUGAUGGUGAUUAAUGGGUAUCUUUUGCUAGACUUUUUUCUGUCGGAAGUUAACGGGCUGCUUUUUGGUUUCCUUGUUUGUGCUGGAACAGCAGCAUAUGUUGCAUUUAUUGUAUAUCUUGUUUCACAUAGCGGUAGUGAACUUUCGAAUUGGCUAAACCAAUUAUUCUCCAAGGGGAAUGUGUAG